UCAAAAUACAUUCUCCCGUAACCCACCUUUGGAAGUAAUUUGAAUUCUUGUUACUGAUCAUCAUCAGAUCACUAAGGUAUAACUUGUACCUACGUUCAGUAGCUAUCCAACCGCAGUGCAGUGCGGACGUGUCGAUCGUACGCGCAACGGAAUACUUAAAUAGUUAUUUUUUUCGUGUGUACACAAUAUUGUGUGUGAGUGAUACGUUUAAGGUUAAAGUUUCACCAUACAAGGCAAUAUACUCUGUCACACUGGAUUUCAUAUUUGAUGAGGGUAGCGUGAUGCGAGCGCCGGCUAACGCCGGCGGGGAGCCGCUGGCGCGCUGGUCGGAGAGCGAGCCUGCGCCCCUCACCGACUACGCGGACAGGGCGCCGCCCCUGCACGCCUACCCCGUCUUCCCCUACGACGACCAGAUCAACGAGCGCUUGGCAAUAUGGCAAGGCGACAUAUCGACGCUAGAAGUGGACGCCAUCACAAACUCGACCGACGAGACUCUGCUGGAAUGUAACGUCAUCAGUGAGAGGAUCCUGCAAUGUGCGGGACCAGACCUCAAAGAGGAGAUCAUCACCAGAGGACUAGAGUGCCGGACGGGCGAGGUGGUGGUGACGAGCGGCUUCGACUUGCGCUGCCGGCACAUCAUCCACACCGUCUGCCCCAAAUACGUGGCCAAGUACCACACCGCCGCCGAGAGCUCGCUACACAACUGCUACAAGAACGUGCUCCACGCGGCACGUGAAGCAGGCGCAAAGAGUCUAGCGCUGUGUUUAGUAAGCGCACCGCGGAAAAACUUCCCUCCAGACGUCGCCGCGCACGUAGCCUUACGCACGGUGCGGCGCUUCCUGGAGCAGCACGCGCGGCCGCGGCUGGUGGCGCUGUGCGCGCGCGGCGCUGAGCUGGGCCCGCUGCGCGCGCUGGCGCCGCUGUACUUCCCGCGCGGCGCGCGCGAGGCCGACGCCGCGCGCUGGCGCCUGCGCGAGCCCGGCGGCGCCGACGGCGAGCCCGCGCACCCCGAGCGCCGCAUCCGCAUCAUCCGCAACCCGCACGAGCACAGCGCCGCCCACGCGGAGGACGACACGUCGCUGUGUGACGAGGACGCGGCGGUGGAGGCGGCGGCGGCCUUCGCGCGCGCCUGCUCGCCCGACACGCAACUACUGCUGCCCGGCAACGCGCCCGCACAGCCCGCGCCGCGGCGGCACUACGACACCGACCAAUACGAGCGUCUCCUCAGACGCGCUCGCAGCGAAGACUUGAGCGAAGUGUCGGGCAUCGGCUGCCUGUACCAGAGCGGAGUAGACCGCCUCGGGAGACCUGUGGUGGUGUUCAUCGGCAAGUGGUUCCCAAUAUCCGACAUCGACUUGGAUAAGGCGCUGUUAUAUCUGAUCAAACUGCUGGACCCGAUCGUGCGCGGCGACUACGUGAUCGCGUACUUCCACACGCUCGCCGCUUCCAACAACCACCCGCCCUUCUCCUGGCUGAAGGAGGUGUACACCGUGCUGCCUUACAAAUAUAAGAAAAAUCUUAAAGCAUUCUACAUUGUUCACCCAACGUUUUGGACUAAAAUGAUGACCUGGUGGUUCACCACGUUCAUGGCGCCCGCGAUCAAGGCCAAGGUGCACACGCUUCCCGGCGUUGAAUACCUCUACUCUGUGAUGGCGCGAGACCAGCUGGAGGUGCCGGCCUUCGUCACGGAGUACGACAUGACGAUAAACGGUCUACAUUACUUCCAACCAGAUACCAACAGUACGUAGGACGCCCCGCGCCGCGCCGCCAUCUUUAACUCUUUCCUCUAUGAUUAUUUUAUACAAUAAGAUAUAGGAUCUAUAUCCGAUAGUAUUUUAAGUUUCCGUGAUUAUUUGUAUCGAAGUGUGGCCGUCGUUUUUAGCGUAGAUUUCCCAUUAUCGCUCUAAUCCAAUUCAAAUAGAGUUGUAAAUAAAACGCGCAAUGAAAAACAAAACGGGAUGAACGAAUUUUAUAUUUUGCAAUUUUUUUUUAACUCUAUUUGAAUAUGUACAGGGGCGAUAUUUUAUAACCCGUGGGAAAAUGUAGGUAAGCGAGCAUGCAAGCGAUGUUUUUGUCUGCGUUGACCCUUACACGCGAGUAACGUUUAAAAAGCUUUACUUAUGAUGUUUUAAUAAUAUAAAAAGUUAUGUGGUAAAAUACAUUAGAAAACACCUAAAAUAAAAAGGUAUUUUCUCUUUGUUUUUAACAAUUUGAAAUGCAGGCAUUACACUUAAAAAGCUAUGUAAAGAUUGUUUAUAUUAUAAGACAGUUGAGAAAAAAUACACUUAUAACGCUUACUUUUUAGUGUAAAGUGUGUUCAAAAAUAGAUUUAACACCCUAUUUACAAUAAACAGUAACGCAGAAAUUGUUCACUUUGUAAGAAAGAUUUGAAAGAUUUUAUAGGAACUGUAUUGCCGUUUCCUAGUUAACUAAAUCGGUGCAGAACCUAUAAUUGUAGCUAUUAACUUCAUUCAUCUAUAUCACAGUUUAAUAAAAAUAAUUUCAAGUUAAAGAAGUAGUUUUUGGAAUGGUGGAAGAAAUGAUAAUAAGGUCAUCAAACCGAUUUGAUACUAUCACACGAAGUUUUGGAGACCUAUUUAUAUGCGGUUUCAAUAAAAAAUGUGUUCAAAGAUAAUACUGCAAUUCAAAAUUAAUUGAUUUUCAAGUAGGCCUAUAAUAAUGCAUAGACUCCACCAAUUUAUAAACUUUAUCUAAGCACACAUAUUAGAAUCCUCAAAACUAUAUUGAAUUAUAAACUUUGAUUCUAAGAUAUAAAUAAAUAAAUAAAUAUACUGCGACAAUACACACAUCGCCAUGUAGGCCCAAAG